CAAUUAAUAAAGAAAAAAAGGAAAGAAAUACGACUCACUCGAUAACUUCAUCCUUGCCGUGUAAAGUGUGAACUCCGGAAACAAGCAGCUCCGCCGCUGAUCUCCGCCACGAAUACUGGCCGUCAAACUUAAAUCUCCACCCUCGCAUCUAAAUCAAACUUCAUCGAUAUGAGAUAGUAUAACUCAAAUCAAAUUGUUCUCAAUAUCGAUAUCCUGAUUUUGUAUUUUUUUUCUCCGAUCAAUUGAGGAUUCCGAUAAAUCGAUGAUGGGAUCCGAGAAUCAGGGCUUCGAAGAAGCCCAACUCUAUGCAUCUCGCGAAGAAAUGGAGUCUCUUGUUCUUGACGACGACGAUAAUAAUAAUAAUAAUAACGAUAACAAUUCGUCAUCCAGAUCCAACGGCGGUGCAAAUGGAGAUGGUAGUCAACAUCACCAUCCUCUCUCUUCAUCCUUGCCGUUUGCGGAAAUACCGACCACCGACGAUGAUGAUCCUUUGUUAUCUUCGCCGUCCACCCACAAAAGCCCUAACGCGUUCAAUUCGUUCCUUGAACCCCCUUCUUAUGCGGAUGCGGUAUUCAGAUCGUUCGACGGUGACCACGGCAAGCAAAUUAACGGUCACGGUGUUGUGUCCACGUCUUCUCCGUCUUCCAGUUCCGAUUACUUGAAGAUUUCCGUUACGGAUCCGCAGAAGGACCAAGAUCUAAAAAAUUCCCUUGUUCCCGGCGGAAACACCUUUGUGACCUACUUGAUUACCACGUGGACAAAUCUACCGGAGUUUAACGGAACCGAGUUUAGCGUCCGGCGACGGUUUAAAGACGUUGUGACGUUAUCAGACCGGUUAUCGGAUUCAUACCGAGGGUUUUUUAUCCCGUUGAGGCCCGAUAAAAGUGUCGUUGAGAGCCAAGUUAUGCAAAAGCAAGAGUUUGUUGAGCAGAGGAGAAUGGCUUUGGAGAAAUACUUGAGAAAGCUAGCUGCGCAUCCGGUGAUAAGGAGAAGUGAGGAAUUGAGAGUGUUUCUUCAGGUGCAAGGAAAGCUGCCAUUGAUGAAGACAACGGAUGUAGCGUCAAGGAUGCUUGAUGGGGCAGUGAAGCUGCCCAAGCAAUUGUUUGGGGAGUCCGUUGUGUCUGCAGCUGUUGAUCCCAACGAGGUCUCACAGCCGGCGAAAGGAGGGAGGGAUUUGUUGAGGAUUUUCAAGGAGUUGAGGCAGUCGGUUACAAAUGACUGGGGUGAAACGAAGCCACCGGUGGUUGAAGAGGAUAAGGAGUUUUUGGAGAAGAAGAAGAAACUGCAGGACUUCGAGCUGGAGUUGAGUAACGUAUCUCAGCAGGCCGAGUCUCUUGUUAAAGCUCAACAAGAUAUUGGAGAGACCCUGGGGCAAUUAGGGCUGGCAUUUGUGAAACUCACCAAAUUUGAAUCGGAGGAAGCCAUGUUCAACUCCCAAAAAGUGAGAGCUGCAGAUAUGAAAAACGUAGCUACAUCUGCUGUUAAAGCCAGCAGAUUAUAUCGGGAGUUGAACGCACAAACUGUCAAACAUUUGGAUAAGCUUCAUGAAUAUCUUGGAGUAAUGUUAGCUGUGAACAAUGCAUAUGCAGAUCGAUCAAAUGCUUUGUUGACAGUUCAGACUCUUCUUUCAGAGCUUUCAAAUUUAAAUUCCAGGAUUGAGAAGCUUGAAGCAGCUGCUUCCAAGAUAUUUGGUGGUGACAGGUCAAGAGUUAGAAAACUUGAGGAGUUGAAAGAAACCAUGAGGGUUACUGAUGAAGCUAAAAAUUGUGCAAUUAGAGAAUAUGAACGGAUAAAGGAGAAUAAUAAGAAUGAGCUUAACAGACUUGACAAAGAAAGACAUGAUGACUUCUUUGGCAUGUUGAAAGGAUUUGUUGUUAACCAGGUAUCCAUUUUGUAACUUAUCUAAUCCUAAGGGUUAGUGUCUUAAUACCUUAAGCCAAGUUUUUUUGGCUUAACGUAUUAAGUCAUUAUGUGCAUAUUAAGUAAAUC